AUUCUCUUCCCUUCCUCUCACCCUUCCCUUCCUCUCACCCUUCCCUUCUCUCACCCUUCCCCUUCCUUUCCCCUAUCCUCCCCUAUCCUCCCCUUUUUACGGCAUCUGUAUUCUUUCGCUCGAUUUCUUUUUUUUUUGGCCAUUUGAUUCAUCUGAGCAUUCAUUCAGUGUGAUUCUUGUUCCGCAGCAGCUUGGUGUUCAUUUUCAGCUUAUAUUGCCCAACUGCAACUUCCAUGAUGAUGAACCUUAAGACGACUGCAUUACUUGGAAAUAUUACUCGUCAGACUGUAUCAAGGCAGCUGGCCCCCAUCUCCAAUUCUAAGAAUCAGGUUAUCAAUCUCACCCAGCGCACCGCACAGCCUACGGGCGCUAAUACACCUGCCAAUCCUGUCCGCUCCUUUUCGUCAUCACAAGCCAAUAGAGAAAAUAACAAUGCCAAUACAAACACUACAGCUCAUCACCACGGCCAAACACACUAUUAUAGCAACCAUCAUUUUGCUUCGGGACAUAGAUUUCAAACUCCCAUUGCAGCCAAUCUCAAUUUUUAUCAACAGACAUCACGAAUCCAUAAUCAUCAGCCUCUUCAACAAGAUGGCACAGUUAAUGGCAAUGGUGCAAAGUCGCCCCCAAAGCAUAGUGAACUCUCUAAGAAUGCCUGGGAUGCCAUUAAUGGUCAAGAUGCUAGAGCUGUCUUUCCAUUCCUACACGAGAUGCGUCGGCAAGGCUUCUAUGCUGAUGCGGCUCUCUCAAGUCGAAUCGUCACACAGUUUCUAAAUCUAAACAACCCUCAGGACGCUGAGAGAGCUCUUGCUCUUCUUGUUGAUUGCUACCAUAGUCAAGGGAGAAAACAGAAUUUUUCACAGAAUCAAGUCUUUGUCGCACUAGCAAGGGAAAUUGUUAAUUAUAGUAGCGAUUUCUCACAGGCGCUCUCUGUCGCAAAAUUGCUUGAUAGACAUGACUUGUUGGCAUUUUCAGAGCUGGCUGACAGGACUCUGAGGACUUAUCGUCAGUUGAAAGCCUCUACAGGGCUUGAAUCAAUCAAGGCGAUGCUAGAUUGUUCAGAUCUUGAAGCGCUGUUAGCGAUGCAAGCGACACUCACGAAGAGCAGUAUCCGUUAUCGACACUUGAUUGAGAUUCUUUUGGAUGGCAAGGAGAUGGAUAUUACACCCAGUGAAGAGGCUUGCUCAAAGAUUUCACUUUCUUUCAUGACACUGGGAGAUUAUUCGGGACAGCUCGCAUGGGAUACAGCUGUGCAAGAAAUAUAUCCAGGAUUUAAACCCAAUAUACCUGAUAACUUUCAAGUAAGCCAGGAUUCUCCGCAGCAACGACAACAGCAGCAGGAGAAACAGUCGCGUCAAUCUCAGACCCAUUACCGCACUCAGGCUCAGCAUCAACAUAAGCGCCAAGUAUCCCACGGCAAUAGCAGCACUAGUAAUCGCCGCUCACUUAAAAUGCAUGAUGCGCAGGGAUUGAUUGCUCUUCGAUAUGGUGAUCCUUCAGAAGCGAUUAUUCGUGCCUGUCGCUUCGGAUACGCCGCUGUAGCGUUGGAAGAAAUCUCAAAGAUGAUCAAAAAUGAUCAACUACCCUCACCUCAAGCUAUCGCUGACACAAUCCAAGUCUGUGCAAAAAGAGAAAAGGAAAGGGCGACUAAUUAUCAUGAAUUGUAUGAUAUUGCCAGGCGUUCAUUGGAUACUAUUCAGGACAAAACCCAUCGUCGGGCAGCUGAAUAUGAGGUCUAUAAUGCAAUGCUCGUCGCUAAUGCCACCUUGGGAGAUAUGAAAGCUGCCAAAAAGAACUAUGAUGAUAUUGUUCAGCUGGGACAGUUUCCUGAUGCAACUGGAUAUGCGACAUUAUUGAUUGCAACGACUACGGGGGCGGUAGAUGAGGCUCAUGAUGCACUCAGGAUUUUGGAAGAAGUCAAACGCCAUAAUAUUAAGCCAAAUAUUUUCUUCUACAACGUUGUCAUUGGAAAGCUUUCUCGUGGGCGCAAGAUUGAUCGCGUUUUGGAGGUUUAUGAAGAUAUGAUUAUGAACAAGAUUCGACCCAACGCUAUUACUUAUGGAACCUUGAUCAGCGCCUGUACAAGGGUUGGAAGCGAAGAAAUGGCACGGAAUUUGUUUAAAGAAAUGACCAAUAGUCCCAAUUAUCAUCCGCGCCAGGGACCGCACAACGCCAUGAUUCAAUUUUAUGUUCGCCAAAAGAAAGAUCGAGAGGCAGCAUUGGUGUACUAUCGAGACAUGCUUGACAGGAAGCUUUCUCCUACAGAACAUACGUACACAUUAUUGAUUGAGGCUUUCGCGUGCAUUCCACCCUACGAUAUGACUGAGGCCAAUCGUCUUGUUCAUUCAUUGAAAAAUGGGCCCAUUCAAGCGACUGAAUCCCACUAUGGAGCGCUAAUUCAUGCAUAUGGCGUCGAGCACCGAGAUGUUUGCACAGCUGAAGUCGUCUUCAAUAAUAUGUUGCAGGCUGGCAUCAUGCCUAAGGGGCCUGCAUACCAAUCUAUGAUUGAGAGCCAUAUCAUUAAUAGAGAUGUCCGUCGCGCUAUCGAACUACGAAAUGAGCUUGUGGCAUCAGGACACCCCUCGAGUACGUACAUUGAGAAUACGCUGAUCCGUGGCUUUGGUCAAGCGCAGGAUAUUUUGGCUGCAGAACAGAUUUUCAACGGCAUGGCGGAUUCACAUUCGAGCAAUGGCAAUACAGCUAAUGUUAUUGUCAAGGAACCCUCGACUUUUCAGAGUAUGGUGUUUGCGUAUCUUGAGAACAACAUGCUCGAUCAAGCUUACGCUACUCUGGAUAUGAUGAAAGAGCAACACUAUCCAGAAUUGGUCAUUAAGCCUGUCGAGGAAGCGAUUCAUGCUGUUUAUAAAAACUAAUAACCGCUACAUUUGCAAACCUCUAUCUUCUCUCCUCUCUCCCCUUUACCCUCUCCAUUAUGGUCUCCUAUAUUGUAAUUUCUUCUAGUUAAAUGGCGAUAAUGUAGAAUUUAUAUUUAUAUAUAUACACUUAAAUAUUAAGAAAGAAAAAUAAGUAUUUGUAUUUCUGAUCCAAACUUGAGAUAGU